AUGGAAUCCGCCAUUUCUUUCUCUCUCAUCAUCCUUCUCUCUUCUCUCUCACUGGUUUCCUCGCAGUACGUCUUACCGGACCACCACUUCAUCAACUGUGGAUCAAACUCUGAAAUCGAUUUCACCGGCAAGAAUUUCGUCGGAGAUUUCAACCCCUCAACUUUCUCAGUCUCCGGCGGCAGCGCCGUCGCAGAAAACAACAACCCGCCAUCCAAUACGCCGCCAAUCUACCGAACAGCAAGAGUUUUCACUCAGAAAUCAUGGUACGAACUCCAAGCAGACGAAAUCAAUACUUUCGUGAUGGUACGUCUCCAUUUUUUCCCAAUCUCUUCUCAAUAUUUCGAUUCGAAAUUCGAAGUUUCGGUUUCUGGGUUCAAUCUGCUAUCCGAUUUUAACGUCGGAAAUGCGACUGUAAUUCGAGAGUUUAUAAUCCCGAUUGGAUCGGGACGAAGAUUCAGAAUCGAGUUCACACCCUCCGCCGGCUCAUCUUCUGCAUUUGUAAACGCCAUUGAAGCUUUCACCACGCCACCUGACUUGUUCACCUCCGGCGGCGUCGCCUUACCUCAUAUUUCACCCGCCGGAAAAAAUGGCGAUAUUGAGAACAUAACGUCUUAUGCUUUCCACCCAAUUCAUCGAAUUAACGUUGGAGGAGAUAUGAUUGACGUAACCAAUGACACCUUAAGAAGAAAUUGGGUACCUGAUGAUCCCUUCAUCUUCAAGAUCGAAGCUGCAAAAAACAGCACCCGUUUUGAUGGCCGGAUUAAUUUUCAGCAAGGCGGAGCAUCCUCUUUUGAUGCUCCUGAUGAUGUUUACAAAACCGCCAAAGAAUUGAACAACAGUUUGGUCAAUAUAACAUGGAAUUUUGGAGUUAAUCGAAACGCCAUGUAUCUGGUUCGAGCUCAUUUCUGCGAUAUUAUAAGUAUCGGCCACGUUAAUCCUUCCGACACCUUCAAUUUCUUCAUUUACAACCACCACAAGACGGUGAUUUCACCGGGAACCACAAUGCCGUGGUUGCAUGCUCCGUUUUAUGUUGAAACGGUGGUGGAUUCCGGCGAUUCACGGUUUGUGAAUAUCAGUAUCGGUGCGAUUCGUGGCAACUAUGAUCAGCCGGCGUUCUUGAACGGGAUCGAGAUCAUGGAGUUAUUGAUGAAUUCGGGUGCAGUUGAUCAACCGAGCACGAGGAAGACGAAGACCGUGUACAUUGUGGUCGGAUGUGUCGUUGGGGCUGUGGCUAUUGUGUUGAUUCUAUUAGUAGGAGUCCUCAUUGGGUUGAAGUUACGAAAAGUAAAAACCGACAUUAUCGAUCCGUUGCCAAUUUCCGAUUUGAACCUAAGGAUCCCAUUUGCCGAUAUAUUGCUUGCCACGAAUAAUUUCGACGAGAAUUUGAGGAUCGGCAAAGGAGGUUUUGGGACGGUUUAUAAAGGAACUCUUCCUAACGGUGAAAUAGUUGCGGUGAAAAGAGGUCAAACGGGACACGGACAGGGUCGACUGGAGUUUGUGACGGAGAUCACGGUGUUUGCAAAGAUACAACACCUACAUUUAGUUUCCUUGAUCGGGUAUUGCGACGAGAAGUCUGAGAUGAUACUAGUGUACGAGUUCAUGGAGAGGGGUACUCUUCAAGAUCAUUUGUAUAACACUAACGAAGAUCAGCCGAAGCUCUCAUGGAAUAAAAGACUCGAGGUCUGUAUCGGUGCCGCUCAAGGUUUGCAUUACCUUCACACGGGUUUGGUAGGGGGAAUAAUUCAUCGCGAUGUCAAGUCAACAAACAUCUUGCUCGACAAACAAUAUGUUGCCAAAGUAGCCGAUUUCGGGAUAUCCCGAUUAGGUAACAAGGAUCAAACCGAUUUUUCCGAAAUCAAAGGAAGUUUCGGGUAUCUGGAUCCCGAAUAUUUUAAAUGCGGGAAACUGACUCAAAAAUCCGAUGUUUACUCCUUCGGAGUCGUUCUACUUGAAGUACUUUGUGCAAGACUGGCUCUUGAUCACAAGCUUCCCCAAAAUGAAAUGAAUUUGGUUGAAUGGGCGAUUAAGCAGAUAAACGACGGGAAUGUCGAGAAAAUAACCGAUCCGUUUCUUGCUGGUACGAUAAAUCCGACUUCGUUAACGAAAUUUUUGGCAACAGUCAGGAGGUGCUUGGAGGACACAGGAGACGAGAGACCCAAUAUGGUCGAUGUGUUAUACGACUUACAAUACACGUUGAAACUUGAAGAGAUGGAGACCGAUGGAGAGACAUUCGUAGAUAGCUUUACCGACCCUUCGUUGCAGUUUCCGAUGUCGAUGAUUCUUAGAUUGCCUUCUCAUGUUGUCGACGAUUCCAAUGUGAAAGAUGACUCAAUAUUAAGCUAUCCGAGUGAAAGUCAGGGGUUUUCCGAAUUGAAGAUCAAUGAAACUCGAUAGUUUAUUGUAAUCGUGGUGCAUUCCACAAGGGUCAAGGUUCAUACUCGAUGUACAAUUUAUUUUGCUUGAGACCUUACUAAUAAUAUGUAUAUGUGUUUUACUUUGAACCAGUCGAACGGUGUUUAUAAGUGAAGUAAAAUCGAUU